AUGCUUGAUACUACUAUGCCUUCUAUGCUGCCAUUAGUUACAGACCAAACAGAUGAUGACACUACCAUCAGUGCCAACUCUGCACCAGUGCUUACCAUACCCCAUUCUAUGAGUGAAACAGAGGAGCAUUCUCUAUCUUUCAAGCCACCUAGUACCUCUAUUAGCAAUUCUUCCUUUAUCGAUUCUGAACAACCUACUGAGCUUGCUAUCUCUAGUGUUGCCUCCUCACUCCCCAAUGACAAUGCCACUACUUCUGUUUUGGACUCUGCCAUUCCUAUUCAUCCUAUGGUCACACCUGCAAAAGUAGGUAUCAAUAAACCUAAUCCCAAGUAUGUUGAACAUAAUAAACUGCACUCUAUUCCUAAGGAACCAAAGAGCAUUCGUUACUCCUUGAAACUUGAAGGGUAG